UGCAAUGACAUGGUGUGUCCCAGGGGCUGUCCAGGGGAAUAUCAGCACGAUGAGUAUGGCUGUAGAACUUGUCUAUGCAAAGGUUGCAGUGGCGUUCAGUGCAGGAAAUACUGCUUUCUAGGCUUCACCACGGAUGAGAAUGGAUGCGAAUCCGUAUGCACAUGCAAUUCUGAAGAAACUGUUUGCAAAAACAUCUGGUGCACCGCUCCUCGCCAAUGCAACCCACAGAAUGGCAGAUGUGGUUAG